AUGGAGGCUCCUACGCUAAAAAUCCCUGGCGAGUCUGCUCAACAGCAAGAGCAGCAACAUGUUUACUCCGGUCAGUUGCAGAGAAAACAGGCUCCUGAAGGCUCUGCCGAAUGGUACUUUGACAGAACAUGCGACUGGAUGGGUGACCAUCCAUGGAUCACAGGUAUUGGAGUGUUUGGGCUUGCGUAUUUUGCGGCCGGGUUCGUAAAGACGAACCAGCCAGGUCUCAACGGUAAGGCGUUCAUUAAGGGCUCUUUUGGCCAGAAGAUGUCGGCCAAGGAGGCUCUUCAGAUCUUGAGCUUGAAGGAGUCGACGUUGUCCAAGGCCAAGUUGAAGGAACAGCACCGUAAAUUGAUGAUGGCCAACCACCCGGAUAAAGGAGGUUCUUCUCUUUUGGCCACUAAAGUGAAUGAGGCCAAAGACUUUUUGGAGAAGAGAGGAGGUAUGAAGGAUAAGUAG